AUGAUAACUUUUAUAUGGCUCUUCGUGAUAUCACUGGCUCUUCAUGGAGUUAUCACUUCAGCGCACUCUCAUACCCUCACUAGUCGAACCUUGGCACGCGGCAUUGACAUUGAUAAACUUCUCGUCGCACCUCGAAGUUACUAUGACUCGCUAGCCACAGACCACAAUGUCACGUACACCGGAUUCAACAAGGACACUAACGAGCAACUCUUGUUCUCGCGUUACGACGAGAUUUGCGUCCUGGAUAAGCAGGCUACUUACGGUCCUUACUACGUAUCUGGUGAGCACAUUCGGCAGAACAUCUCCGAGAUGCAGCUAGGAAUUCCCCUAUAUUUGGAACUCCAGCUCGUCGAUGUUAACACAUGCCAGCCAGUUCAGAAUGCUUUUCUAGAUCUUCCCCCAAAUGGAAACGCCGACGACAGAGACAACGUCAAUACAACGUUCUUCCGGGGGAUCCAAAAGACCGAUGACUUUGGCGUCGCCAGAUUUGAGACUAAAUUCCCGGGUCAUUACGCCCUCCGUGCAACCCAUAUUCAUGUUAUCGUUCACGAGAAUCCACACGUGCUACCAAAUGGUACCCUGGAGCUUGGAACUGGGAGUAUCGCACAUGUUGGCCAGGUGUUCUUUGGCCAAACUCUGAUUGAACUCGCUGACACGUUCUAUCCAUAUACGCAAAACACCAACGCCAUUGUUUUGAAUCAGGAAGAUGGUAUCUUUUACGAUGAGGCAUCUAGCAUGGAUCCGGUGGCCAACUACGUCCAUGUGGGAGACUCCCUGGAGGAUGGACUAGUGGCAUGGAUGGCAUUCGGAAUCAACACAACCAGCGACUAUACAGAUACUGUCCAAGAAGCCAGUUUCUACGGAGCUGAAGGUGGGGAGACCAACGAGAACUACAAUAUCACCAAGCUGGGACCACUAGAAACGGUUCCUAGCGGUGUCCCCACCCCGUCAGCUUUCACAACAACUAUCGGUCUCUAG